AUGCACUGCUCUUCAAAGCCGGAGAGAACUUCAGCGUGGAAUAAUCUUUUGGAGGUCCAGAUACUGCUCACAGGUGUUGUUUUAAGGAUUCCUGUUCUCAGAGACUUCCUGUUUAUAAAAGGAGCCAAAGAAUAUGCAUGCCAAGUUGGAGACAAUAUGUUUGGCAUAAACUAUCGCUCACCGGAGAAACUGAAAAAAAUUUCAUUGUGUCCGAACAUUAUUACUCCAGACACCAUUCCUGAAUUCUGCAUUCCGACUAAAUUAGCCAUGAGACAGGAAUGUAAAACUGUUGACAAGAAUGAAUAUUCCAAUGAGAAAACAAACACACCAGAAAACACAAGUCACAAAGCAAGGAGAGAAACUUCAGGAUACAAGAUCUGUAAUAAGCAUGUCAUCCAAGUGGAGAGUGUGGAUGAUCUGUGCUUUAGUGAUGAAGAAUGCACCAACUCUGAUCCCCAGUCACAGGCUGCCUUAUCCUUACCACACCUGCCAAAGACUCAAACAUCUUACGGUUUUUGCACCUUGUUGGAAAGUCCUCACACCAGAGUGAAAGAGUCACUCUUCCACAACAGCCCCGAGUCUGGGGGUAUUCCUAUUGCUGUGCCCAGAGGCAGAUCAAACACUCUUUCUGAAGUCUUCCAGUCUUCCCUUAGCUUGAGCUCUCCUUCCAGCACAUUGGCUCCCAAAAGCCAUAACACAAAGAGACGUGGAACCUGGGAUAGUGACACCACUUCUUCAACGGAAUCCUCCCCGUUCAGCUCACCGUUGUUCAGCAGGUCACCUUCUAAAUUCUCUUUAUUUUCAACACUGAGUCAAGAGAAUUUGUUUUCAAGGAAGGUCAAAAAAGCCACUGCAUCACAAACAGGCUCAAAUGAUGAAAGCAGUUCGACGGACAACAGCCCUAACACGCUGCGAAGAGCAUCAGACACCCUUUGGGAGCCUUUUCCUUUCUUCACAGGCUUCACGCCUCCAGAUAUGUUUCCUUUCCACCAGAUGCACCACAGAGAAAGGAUGAUCAAAGAAAACCAGCUUUCUCUGGGACAAGGAGGUGGUCGCUUAAGACUCUGUGCUGAGUACUGUCGGGACAAUCGGAGGCUCCGGGUUCACGUACUCAGUAUUGAGGGGCUGUACACCUCCUUUACUGAGACAAAGAACAUUACCUGCUGUGUGAGUCUUUCUCUUAUGCCUGGCAAAACAAUGAAGCAGCACAGCAGUGAGAUCAAAAACAGCAGAAAUCCAGUUUUCAAUGAGGACUUUUUUUUUGGUGGCAUUUCUGAGGAGGACUUGUUUUUCAAAUCCCUGAGAAUUAAGGUUGUUAACAAGACAUUCAACAUGAAAACAAUUUUGGCAAUCUGUGAGUUUACCUUAGAACAAAUUUUACCUUUGUAA